AUGCUUUUCUCAACCACUUUCCUUGUAAUGGCAGUGCCCCUCGCAGUUUAUGCUGCUCCUCUCCGUACCACUAAACGUCAAGUUGCUGCUAUUGAUGUUACGGUUCUUCAAUUCGCGAACACACUUGAACAACUAGAAUCUCAAUUCUAUGCCGCUGGUCUGUCAAAGUUUCAAGACUCCGAUUUCGCAGCUGCCGGGUUCACUGCAAGCAGCAUCGCUAUACAACAGAUCACGAACAUUCAAUCUGAUGAGGCCACUCAUGCAUCUAUUCUCGAGGAAGAAUUAACCGCUCUUGGUCAAAAUCCGAAUUCGACUUGCAGUUUCAACUUUGACUCAGCACUUACCGACGUCACGACCAUGGCUGCCACUGCUCGGGUCGUUGAGAACCUUGGUGUUAUGGCCUACCUUGGUGCAGCUUCUCUCUUGACUGACCCGCAACUCUUGGAAGCUGCUGGAUCAAUUUUGACCGUGGAAGCCCGCCACCAAACAAUUCUAAAUGUUCUUUCCGGAACUGGCACUGCGAUUCCGUCUGCUUUCGACCUUGCCUUAACGCCUAGCGAAGUCCUUGCUGUUGCUUCUCCCUUCUUCAGUGGAACCUGCGAUCUUGGCAUUCCUGCCAACCCAACGCUUACGGUAACCAACACUGGUUCCGUUGGACAGGGUACUUCCUUGACUUUUUCAUCGACAGCCAUCAAUUCUUCUGUUGACACGAGCACAUUGUUCUGUCAAAUGAUGCUCGGCGGUAACCCCUUCUCGAUCUCUCUGCCUUACAAUCAAUGUGUCGUUCCCAGCACCGUCAAUGGCCCUGUCGCGAUCUACGUCACAUCCGAUGAUAACCCCUUGCAGAGCAACGUCGUGAACCGGGCUAGUGCCAAUAACAUCCUUGCUGGGCCCACUGUUGCCUUUAUUGACGCGCAGCCCGAGACUCUUGGCCAAAUGGUUCGUUCAAGUGGUACUGGAACCGCUUCGGCCAGCAGUUCCACGCAAACCAUUAGUCCUGAUGUCGCUGCAUCCAUCGUUAGUGCGCAAGGGUCAGCUACCGCGGCUGGAGCCACUGCCACCGAUAGCACCUCAGUCUCCGCUACUGACUCUUCAGCAGCAGCAGCUUCCACUGCCAACUCUGUAAAUGACAGCUCUGAUCCAUCUGCCCCCUUCCGUGAUGAUUUCACCGGUCUCGCUCCUGGAAACGCCAUCAAUGUUAUUGGAUGGAGUAACAUUCCUUCAAAUUGAGCGCUUUUGACUCUUAGACUGGAGUCGGGGAACAGAGUUGACCUCAUUAUGUUUAGGAUUGAGGCCAGAGGAGUUUUGUAUCUCAUGGACACUGUAUGGACACUAUUUCGAUUUAUUGCUUUGGAAGAGGAGGGGUGAUUGAUACGCCCUGUAUACCACUUAUUUUUUAUGUCUGUUUUGUACUCGGGCGUACAGCGCUAUCCUCGGGGUGCGUACAUAGAAGGGUGGUGCGAAUAC